CCAACCAAAAGGUUCGCCAUUUUCUUACGACUUACAAAAAACUUCAGUACUUUACCGUAGUACCCGUGUAGCAAGAGGCUUUAUUUCUCCAAACUUAGUUUGCAAUACUACAAGUGAACACGAGAGUGGUUGCAAUGCCUUCAUUUUGACCAAAAUAUCGAGGUUAAUGGAGACAUGAUACUGGUGGUAUCAUUCGAGAAUUCAUUUUGAAAUGAGAUACUCACACUGAAAAAACAUGUUUCCGACGAAGUUUAUUUCUUCCCCUACUGCCCUUCUCGUUCUCGCCUUCGUCUACGCCGAGUUCGUCGUCAUCGCUCAGGCGCAGAUCGGUUCGGUAACAGUCAGUUGCGACGGUGGCGAUGUCGCACUCGGAAUGGGAGAUUAUUUCAUCGAAGACAGUCAGAUUAGUGCCUAUCACGCCUACGCUGCUGGACCUGCCGCAAGUGGAAGAAUUGUUUCAAGCGAUAACACGCUGUAUUGGGCAGGUAAGACAAGUGAUAGUUACAAGUGGUUCCAGGUGGACCUUCUCGCUCACACAGUUAUUACAGGGCUCGUAAUGGAAGGAAGAAUGGACGAUGGUGAAACUUCAAAACGAGUUCUGACUUAUUCCAUUGAAUACAGCAGUGACGGUAGUACCUUUGUCGAUUAUGAAGAAAGCGGUUCAACUGUGGUAUUUGAUGGCAAUACUGUAGAAGGGAGCACAGUCACCGAACAAUUUUCAAAAGCUAUCGUAGCUCGAACAAUUAGGAUGAAUAUUAUUACAUUUCAAAGCAAACCAAGCCUGCGACUAGAACUACAAGGCUGCUACCAAGCGAGGAGCUGUCUUGAAUGGGCAUAUCUAGAUGCUGAUUACCAGUCGUUGAACGGCUACUUCUGGUCCUCUGGAUCGAAUGCUCUACAGUACUACGAUAAUAAGUACAAUCCUAUAUCGGUCUGCUAUUAUGACGACGUAAACGGCGAUUUUUGGGACUGCACAAGCCCUUUAGGUGUAGGUAAUGGCUAUAUCGACGACUCACAGAUGAGUGCUUCGUCAACUCUAGGAAGCAAUUACGCCUGGAAUGCAAGAUUCGACGAUUCAGGAGUGUGGAUGCCAAGUAGCAACGCCCAGGAUGAGUGGUUAGAGAUAGAUUUCACAACGGAUACGUUCAUAUCAGGGUUCAAGACGAGAGGGGAUUCUCAGAGCUCAAAUCAAUUAGAUUCAUUUCUUGUGACAUACAGCACAGAUGGAUCCAGUUAUGAUGCACAAACGGAAUUUGCUGAGCCUCAAGUUAUUGAUCAAUUGUACUUGUACCAGAGCCCAAUGACAGCACGCUAUUUGAAAUUUACAGCAGAUACAUGGACCAAUAAUAUUGCGCUCGCCGUAGAAGUCUAUGGAUGCGGUCAUCAUGUUCCUACUGCUUUUCCGACAGUUGGUGCCGAUGCUACCUCUUCUGCUCCAUCAUACGGAGAUUGCGAUGGAAAAGAAGGUUAUUUUUACAUUGAUGAAGACGGUGAUGGUAACUCAGAUUACACCUACUGCACUAGAAUGACAGAAUAUCUCUACGACACGUGUUAUAACGCGCUGGGCAUGGAGGAUUAUACCAUUGCAGACGACCAGAUAACGACGUCUAGCGAAUCCGCCAGUCGCUUCGGAGGCCAGAAUGCACGAUUGAAUGUACAGUCAGGGGGCAAUGGCUGGAAGCCAGCUACCCAGGACGCGAACCAGUGGCUUUUGGUUGACCUCGGGACCUCCGGCAGCAUCCCACUCGUCACCGGGGUUGGCACCCAGAGUAGAGGCAAAAAUCAUGCAGAGUUUGUGACGUCACUGAAGAUAAGCCAUAGUGUGGAUGGACUUUCGUUUACUACCAUACAAGAUGACAGCGGAGACAGGGUUUUCAAUGGCAAUACCGAAUAUGGAACGGUCAAGUACCUGUAUUUCGACACAGCUGUCCACGCCCGCUUCGUGAGGUUCGAACCCCAGACAUACUCGGGUGCAUUGUCAAUGCGAGUCGAGGUCUACGGAUGCCGAAACAGUCUUGUGUCAUCAGAGAACGUUUUGGAUGAGUCAAGCAGUAGCUACGGAUGGUAUUACACUUCUGGGUCAUCGUGGGACUUUAAAACGACAAUUGAUGGUUCGUACGUCAACCAAGAUGACCUCGCUUCACUCAGCGGUGUGACGAUGGGUGCGUCAAGCGAGAAAAGUGGUAAUGAAGCGACAGAGGGCGUUCUUGAUAAUUCCGGAUGUUGGGUCCCAAGUACGACCAAUGCUAAUGAGUGGCUACAGUUUGAUUUCACUGUUGGUACAAUCAUAACAAAGAUUGACAUGCAAGGACAUCACAGUAGUGCCAAUAAAUACGUGGAGAGUUAUAACAUCUUGCACGCAAUGAGUGAUGAUUCCUUUACAACCUUCCAAUACCUAGGAUCAGAUUAUCUGUUCAUUGGGAAUGACGGAUCGGGAGUCGAUGUUAUAUCGUCUGCAUUUUUCAAUCCUCCACUCAUUGCACGCUACGUCAGGAUUGCCCCUCAAUCUUGGGGAAAUAGUAUCGGAUUAAGAGUGGCUCUAUACGGUGUACAGCAUAGUGGUACAUGCAGGGAAUGGGAAGCCAAUCAGUACAAUGCCGUUACGACAGCCGGUUAUUAUCUUUAUACAGACAUUACUGAUCCCAUCUACUGCCCGAUCGACAACUCGCCCGAUUACAGUAGUUGUCAGGACUACUAUGACGCAGGAUUUACAGACGAUCACUACUACAUCUUAAACCCGUCGGGGGGCUCCUACGACGAUACCAUCUUCGUCCAUUGUGACUUCACAUCCGUCCUCAACAAUAAUGUUGCUAUGGUAACCGUAAGCAGCGAUUUGAAUGGUUGGAAUUUUCUCCAGUCUUACGUCGGGAAUUAUUCCUCGAGCGUUACGUAUAGCUCAAAUGCAGCCGCUAACGUAGGAUUCAUGGCUGCUGCUUCCGAUUACUGCUACCAAUAUAUGAUGUACGAAUGCUUUGAAUCGAGGACUUUCUCUGGUUCUUUGGCCUGGUCUUAUUGGCAGGACAAGGAUGAAAACCAGAUGCCAUUCUGGCCCGGCAAUGAGGCCGAAUCUACAGCUUGCUAUUGCAACGAGCUCGGUAAUUGUGCUAAGAAUGACGAAUCCUGCCACUGUUCUGGUCUGGGCAACUGGUACUCGGAAGGCGGAUGGAUAACGAAUAAAGACUUAUUACCAAUAGGAGGUCUCUACAUUAGUGAUAUUAGCGACGGGUCAUCAUCUGGAAAUUUUACUAUUGGAGACCUAAUGUGUUUCACGAAAUCUGGAGCUGUGCCAUCGUCAUGCUAUGACGUAGCACAAGACGGUCAUAGCACAAAUGGAUUGUAUCUUCUCAAACUGAGUACGGGAGACUACAUUCCAGUAUACUGCGACUUCAACUCCGUGGAAAAUGCGAUCCUCACCCGACUUGGACACGACUUCCAAGAGCCAUACGACGUUUCCGAUUACAAACGCGAAGGACGAUUCGCUCGUGAUAUCAACUACGACUACGCAGCGACGAUCACAAAGGCAGGCCUAUUGGUCGAUGGAGAAGAUGCGUGCAGACAAAAGAUAGAAUUCACCUGUUACGAUGGAGCAUUGUUGGACCCCAUAGAAUAUUCUUGGUUAGGGCUCCGCAACGGCUCGGCGUCCACGUCCUGGGCAGGCACCAGUGUGAAUGAUAUGUGCCCAUGUGGUGCUCUUGGAAGUUGCUAUGACAACAGCCAAAGUUGCAACUGUGACGGGGUGCAGACAACGAUUCACGAGGACAAUGGAUGGGUAACAGACAGGACCAUGUUACCAUUGAAACAAAUGAGAGUUGGGGGAAUACAGUCUGGCGAGACCGCAACUGUCAAAGUCAGCAAGCUUGAAUGUUUCAAGGAAGAAUCUGGAGCGUUACCUCCAUCAUCGUGUUAUGAGAUCAAACAGAACGGGGAUUCCAUAGCUGGAAAUUAUCUCAUCGAUCCCGAUGGGUCGGGCGGUGAGGAGCCUUUCAUAGUUUAUUGCGAUCCAAGUUUCAACUCCACGCAUGCGCAAAUGAUUAUACAUCACGACUCUGAAGACCGCAGUCACGUGGUCGAUAAAGGCUCGGCUGGAGAGUACCAGAAGAUGGUGACGUAUGAUGGCGUCACAAUUGAACAGUUUACAUCACUCUUCUCAAAUGACAUCAAUGUCAUGUUCCUAUCCUGUGUACAAGAAAUUAAAUAUGAAUGCUAUGCUUCUACCCUGCUCAAGAAUAACAUGGGUUGGUUUGUAGACCGCCUUGGAGCUUCAAGGACUAAUUUUGGAGUCGCCAAUGACAGUAUCUCAUCAUGUCCGUGCGGUGUCGAUGGAACUUGCAGCAGCGCAUCUGAGGUUUGCAACUGUGACAACGACGCGAUCAGCUGGGCGGAAGACACAGGGGACAUCAACGACUUCCACGCUUCUUUCCUACCGGUCACUCAACUACGGUUUGGUGACACCUCUGGGGGUGUAGGAAACGAAGAGGGGUACCACACCCUUGGCCCUCUUAUCUGCAGUUCUGGACCUAGUAAGUAUGGAUGAAACUGCUCUGGCCAUCUUAAACAAAUUCCUGGUGUUCGGGAGAGUGGGACCUACCGGAUAGCAUUAUCCCACAGGUGGCCAGGACAGGAGGUAAGUAAAUCGACUCGUCGCAUGCAGCUGAGAUGCGCGUUCCCCCGUGCGUGAUACCCCGCGCCUUUUGUUUAUUUUGGAAGAACAUUGUUCGACUCUGGUGAACUGUUUUAAACGAAAAUCUUGCGC